AUGGAUAGGCAUACGGCACUGAUGAACUCGCAGCAGCGCCGGGCGAAAAGAUACGUUGCGACGGAUGGAAGAUUGCGGGUGGACACUCCACCGGCUGAAAUCUCGAUUUCGACCGGUUGGCGUCCGUUCCGUCGUUCUCUGACCGUCCACCCGGGGUGCUGCCACCCUCCACCGGCGCAUUCUCUAGGCGAUGACCGUGUCACGGUCCUCGGGUGGUUUACGUUUGCGCCACAUUACGACGCGAAGUUCUCCGGCGGCGAUAUGACCUGCGCAAUUCAUGGUUCUCCGGGGCUGCCUGCUCGCAGCAUCUCCGUAGCAUUGUGUUAUGCGGGUGGCUUCGAGUGGGCUGACCUACUGGUGAGGCAGAAUCGCGAGGAGGCCGGAAACACAAAUGGUAUGGCAAUUGGAUUGCGAGGUCGUACGGCAGUGCGCGCGGCCGUCCGAAUCGUGAAACGAUUCCGAGAGAGACGCAGCAGCGCCGGCGCGGCGGGCGAAGCGACGCCAGUCGCUUGCACAUCAUCGCGACAGGGUCGACCUUUGACGCUAGCGCAGCGUCUCGAUGCUAUCUCUGGCGUUGUCGAGCCCCUCAGAGGGCUGACUACAACGUCGUCAAUAUGUGAGUCUUUACUUGUUCGCGCUGUGGCGGCUACUGGCACGACACUGAUGAGACCGAUAGGCGCAGCAGUGAUCCUCAGCAGUCAGUAUCGUGCUGCGCUAGUCGCGCACAAGCCGCGCGCUAUAUUGUGGACUGCCGUCAACGGUGCUCGGUCAGAAUGCUCUGUAACAAUCAAGACUAGCAAGGAUCG